AUGUUGAGGUUCUUGACCAGGAAUUGGAGGAACCUCCUGUUCCCUGUGGUUUCAUUCUCCAUGAGAAGUGCCAGCAGUGGCACCAAGGAUAGGCUCAAACUAGCCAACAAAGUUGCUGUGAUCACAGGAUCCACUAAUGGGAUUGGCUUUGCCAUUGCUCGGCGCCUGGCCCAGGAUGGGGCCCAUGUGGUGGUCAGUAGCCGGAAGCAGCAGAACGUGGACCAGGCUGUGGCCAUGCUCCAGAGGGAGGGGCUGAGUGUGAUGGGUACUGUGUGCCAAGUGGGGAAAGAAGAGGACCGGGAGCAACUGGUGGCCAAGGCCCUGGAGCACUGUGGGAGUGUGGACUUCCUGGUGUGUGUGGCAGGGGUCAAUCCUUUCGUAGGAAGUACCUUGGAGACCAGUGAGCAAGUCUGGGACAAGAUCCUAGGUGUGAAUGUGAAGGCCCCAGCCCUGCUCCUGAGCCAACUGCUGCCCCACUUGGAGAAGAGUGGGCAAGGUUCAGUGGUCCUGGUGUCCUCAGUUGCAGCCUAUAUUCCAGUUAGUAAUCUGGGGGCCUAUAACGUCAGUAAGACAGCCCUGCUGGGCCUCACUAAGACCCUUUCCAUGGAGCUGGCACCAAAGAACAUUCGGGUGAACUGCUUGGUACCAGGAGUGAUCAACACAAAGUUCAGCCAAGUGGUGAGGAUCAAGGGCAGCUCCUGGUCUCAGCCCCACCUCUUCUUUCCCCGCAGAGUGGGGCGGCCUGAGGAGUGUGCGGGCCUCGUGUCCUUUCUGUGCUCUCCGGAUGCCAGCUACAUUACUGGGGAGAACAUCGUGGUGGCCGGCUUCUCCCCUCACCUCUGA